CUUCUCUGCUUAUCGUUCACUGUUGACUGAAAGGGAAGAAACAUCAGCACAAUAGAGACCUUCACUGAGAAUCACUAAAUUGAUAAUUUCGUCACGUACUGGUCACGAUUUGAUUUCAGUGCCCAAUGCUCAUGGUGUCCUUAUAGUUCCUGGUCCAAUCGCUGAGUUCCAAUGGCUUUCGCUUCCGGUUCAAAAUCGAGCAGUGGCCACUUGACUGUGCAGGGUGCGAACCCGAAGCUGCAGCUGUGGCCAGGAGAAACUUGGGUAGAGCAACCUUCGACUGAUCAGCUGGCAGACUUCAUCGGCAUGCUCACUUCAAUCAGGCGGCCCAAGCCAAUGAUGAUGCGGCAAGAGAGUUGGAGGAAACUGCUCAUGGUGUUGCUCGUCAGACUGAAGGUCAAGAGGAGAAGGUGCCGAACCCUUCAAGAGGUGUUUCCUGGCCAUAUGCUGAUUCUUGUGUGGAAAGUCCUGCAAAAGGCGCUUCCUGUUGCUGAAGGUGACAACCUUGCCAAUAUGCUGACAGAGGAGGUUAUAGUGAAACGAAUUGCCAACCUGCAAGACCAUGUUGAGCGGGUUUGCGCUGUAAUCCAAAUCACAGAAUCUGGGGAUGUGCGAUAUCCUUCGCAUUUUCCUGAAAGGCUCAACAGAGCCUACAUCCAGUACGCGUUUGAGUGUGCAAAUCCAUUGUCGCAAGCCGUCAGGACAAAGUAGGCGCAACCCCGCAUCGAACAUGGCAUUUUCUUGCGCGGUCGAAUUGGACGACCGUAACUGCACAGGUGGACAAGUUGAAGCUGAUUUGAGUGGCUUAGCCUCUCCUGGAUGCCGUGCGCACUGAAAGGGGAGUGUUUCCCAAGAGUACAUAGAUAGCUAGAAACAUGUGCAAAUGCCAC